UAUAGGUUAGGAGGAUUAAUCCAAAUAGAAAUACUUGAAAAGUUUUUCAACAAUUUUACGAUAUGUGCAAAAAAAACUAAUAAGAAAUGAUAAUAUUUAAAAAUAUUUACCUACUUCCUUCUUUAUUUUUCUUCCUUCUUCAUACAGAAAGAGUAGUUAGUAUACGUUCUUACAAUAAGAAGGAUCUGAAUAAAUUGAGAGAUGAGGUGAAAGAGAUGUUCUAUCAUGCUUAUAAUAGCUAUUUGAAAUUUGCAUAUCCAUAUGAUGAACUGAGGCCUCUAAGCUGUGAUGGUAUUGAUACGUAUGGAAGCUAUUCCCUAACAUUAAUCGAUGCAUUAGAUACAUUAGCUAUAAUGGGAAAUUAUACAGAAUUUCAAAGGGUUGUUGAUCUUAUAACUUCCAAAUCAAAAUUCGAUGCUAAUAUUAAUGUAUCUGUAUUUGAAACCAAUAUACGUAUUAUCGGUGGACUCUUAAGUGCUCAUCUAUUAUCUUACAGAGCAGGUGUCAAAGUUGAACCAGGUUGGCCAUGUAAUGGACCACUUUUGAGGCUAGCAGAAGAUGUGGCCCAAAGAUUAAUAGUAGCUUUCGACACAAAAACUGGUAUGCCUUAUGGUACAGUAAAUCUCAAGCAUGGUGUCCCUAAGGGUGAGACUACUAUCACUUGUACUGCUGGAAUUGGAACUUUUAUUGUUGAAUUUGGAACACUCAGUAGACUCACAGGAAAUUCUCUUUAUGAAGAAGUUGCUAUGAAUGCUCUUUACGCUUUGUUCAAUCAUAAAUCUCAACUUGGCCUAUUCGGCAACCAUAUAGAUAUUGAAACAGGUCGUUGGACAGCCCAAGAUGCAGGAAUAGGGUCCGGAGUAGACUCGUAUUUCGAAUAUUUGGUCAAAGGUUCCAUUCUUUUACAAAGACCUGAGCUCAUGGAAAUGUUCCACGAAGCAAGAAAAGCUUUUGACAAACACAUGAAGAAAGACGAUUGGUACAUGUGGGUUUCGAUGACAAAGGGACAAAUAACUCUGCCCGUUUUUCAAUCUUUGGAAGCGUUUUGGCCAGGUGUUUUGAGUUUGAUAGGUGAUACCUCCUCCGCUAUGCGAACUCUGCAUAAUUAUCAUCAAGUUUGGCAACAGUAUGGCUUCACUCCAGAAUUUUAUCACAUCCCACAAACUGAAGCUGGAUUGAACAAAGAGAGCUGGCCAUUAAGACCUGAAUUAAUCGAAUCGAUCAUGCUGUUGUACCGAUCUACAGGUGAUCCUUUCUUACUGCAGGCUGGUGAAGAUAUCUUGCGAAGUAUACAGCACAGUUCUAGAACACCAUGUGGAUACGCUACUAUUAAGGAUGUGAGAGACCACAGGAAAGAAGAUCGAAUGGAAUCGUUCUUCUUAUCCGAAACCACCAAAUAUCUUUAUUUGCUCUUCGACACAGACAAUUUCAUCCACAAUCAAGGCCAGCAUGGGACGGUAAUAGAUACCCCAAAUGGAGAAUGCAUAAUCGAAACUGGUGGAUACAUUUUCAACACCGAGGCACAUCCGGUGGAUCCCAGUGCUUUGCAUUGCUGCUACGAUCUACCAAAACAAAAUAUUUUCAACUUUACAGACUUUUCAGCAAAGAAGCACAUUUUCAGGGGUGAGACCAUCAAUGGAAGGAAGAAGAAAUUAAAGGAAACUAUUAACUCCGAUUCUACGGAAGAGACAACAAGUAAUCCGCAGAAAGAGACGCAGAACUCCAACAAUGAUAUUCGAAGUGAGGAUUCUUCGGAAAUUUCAAACGAUUCCUUAAAAAUAGAGGAUAUUGAUUUUAAAGUAGGAGAUGGAACAGAUGGGGAAGGAAGUGCUAGUGGGGACACACUAGAUUUAUCGAUUUUAGAUUAUACAGUGAAGGUUAUACAAAGUGAGGAAAAAACUUUUGAUCCUAAUGAAAUGCUGGCAAGGUUUAAACUGCAAAAUAAAUUCCCAAAAAAUACGACUUGGGAGAAUAAAUACGAACUUUUGAGUUGCAAAGCUCAACCAUUUUUACAGAAACUUUCUAUUUUUGGAGAGUUUUUCAAUAGGUAACUAAAUUUUAUUUUCUAUAGAUAAGUUUAUAUUUUAUGUUGAAUGUAUUUAUUUACCGCAAAAUAUAUUUGAAAGUUA